UUAACGUAAGGCGCGUGGAGUUCAGUGUCCAAACGAAAUGAAAAAGGGCUAGUGUCAGAGAACGUGCAAUGCAACCAUCUUUUGUUUUUUUUAGGCUUUAAAACUGUUCACAAUCUCUCUCUUCUCCUCUUCUUCAACUCGUGAAAAGACCAUAGAGUUUUCUCCUGAUCCCAAAUCCGGAAGAAGCUUCCUCAUGGCGCAGAUCUAUUCUCUCAACAUACACAACUAAAGAGCAGUAAACGUCAGUCACCUGCAGAAGUUUUCACUCUUGUUGUACUGAUAAGAUAAUGUUCUCCACAGAGAAUCUCAAGAGUUGAUCAUUUUGACUUUUUCAGGAAACAGUAGGUGAAGGUAAAGUAUUAUAAAAAGAUAGGUUUUAAAGAAAUUGUAGUUUAUACAAAACUUGUUAGGAGAGAGAAAGGAGAUCUAAGAGAGAAAGGAGAGAGAAAGGAGAUCUAAGAGUUUUCUCCGGCGUACGGCCGGCGCGUGAGCGUCCGUGCCGUCGCCGGAAACCUUAUUCUUUUUCAAAGAGGUUUCUUUUCGCCUCUUCUUCGUCGCGUCUCACCGAUCGCUUUGUCGGAGCUCUGGAUUGGAACCAUCCUUCAACGGUGGUUUCCUUGCGUGGAGGGAAGACGCGGUCGCGUGGAGGCUCACGGCGUGAGAAGAGAGGCUUGCAUGUGUCAGUGGUCUGGGAGAUGGAGGCUAUCACAGAUCCGUCGACGUCGGUUUGUUCUCCGGGAGGUGGAGGCUUCCUUAGCUUCGCCGCCGCCGGUUCUAGUUCCCGGAAAGGGGAGGCUUUCUUUGCUCCGUUUUUGCCGGUUUUGGCUCCGGAGGGUAGGGGCUCACAUAGCUCUACGCUGUCGGUUUAGGUCCCCGUUCUCUUUUGGGGUUUUUUUCUUGGUCUUGUUUUGUUUGGAUUGGGUGAAAUUUGCGGUGUGGUUCUUGUCGUUAGGAUGGUUGUUCGGAUUUGAAGGGAUGAGCUAUCGGUAGCCGAUGAAGCUCUCCAUCGAUGGAGACGACGACAGGAGAAGGAAAGCAGUGUGUUUGAGACUCGGGCUUGAUAUGCCCAGUAGGCGAGUUGUGAUUGGGAUGAUAUCGCGGUUAGUCCGCUGAUGCUCUCCGUGACAAGCGCGACGGAUGAGAGCCGUUCGACGGUAACCGCCGGGAUGAGAUGAGGCGUGAUUAGGUUAAGCCGACAAGAGUUCCUAGGUUAGGGCAGUGUCGGGGUUUGGGUUUAUGGGCCUGUGGGCCGGUUUCUCUAGGGUUUGGCAGGUUGUGGUAAUUGGGCCGUGAGCCUUUUAUCUUGUAAUUUUCUUGGGCUGAGCCCUUUCUAUUUUAAUGAAAUAUUGACGGAAAAAAAAAAAAGAAAUUGUAGUUUAGAAAAGAAAAACUAAACUCCAACACAAGAAACCAGAGAGACCUAUUAACGACAACAACCUCUCGAUACACAAGACAACAAACACUCACUCUCUCUCUCUAUCUCUACAAAAAGAAUCACUCUUUCCCUUAUUCUUCUCUCUACUCUAACUCAAAAGAGAGAGAGAGAAAAAAAGCCAUGGAUGGGUAUGAAGCAACUAGGAUUGUGCUCUCUCGUAUCCAAGCGUUAGACCCAGAUAACGCAUCAAAGAUCAUGGGUCUUCUCCUUCUCCAAGACCACGGCGAGAAAGAGAUGAUAAGACUAGCUUUUGGUCCAGAGAAUCUUGUUCAUUCUGUGAUAGUGAAAGCCAAGAAAGAGUUAGGUCUCAUGAGCUGUUCAAGGCCUCUUUGGAGCCAAGAGGAGUUAAUAAGCCCUAAGAACAACACUCGUGGCUCUUCUCUCAACCCUGCUUCUCUGCCCUUCUACGCUAACGGAGGAGGAAGAUCUUUUAAGGAUAUGACCAACGAGUUCGAGUUCAUGGAUGAUGUGAACUUGGGCUCUGUGCAUGCCAGAAGCGGUAGCUGCGGUUUUGACGGUUUAGGGUUUGGUGAAUCUGAUUUAGGGUUUGGUGGCGUGCCCUGUUCUUAUUUCGCUAGAGGCUUCUGCAAAAACGGGAGUAGCUGUAGAUUCGUUCACAGUGAUGGAGGAGGUGAGCUCGUUGGCUCUCCGAGUAGAAUGGAGCUUCUUAGGUCUAACUCGGUACCUCCAAGACUCGCUCACCAGUUCAUGACUCGCUCUUCUUUCUCUCCUAAAGGUGUUAACUUGCAGAACAGUGAUGCUCAAAGAGCUGCUGCUGCUGCUUUGAUGAUGGGAGAUGAAUUUCAGAAGGUUGGAAGAUGGAGGCCUGAGAGGAUUGAUCUCUCAGCUAUGGCUUGUCCUGCUUCGAGACAGAUCUAUCUGACAUUUCCUGCCGACAGUAGGUUCAGGGAGGAAGAUGUGUCCAAUUAUUUCAGUACUUUUGGACCAGUUCAAGAUGUGAGGAUACCAUAUCAGCAAAAGAGGAUGUUUGGGUUUGUGACAUUCUUGUACCCUGAGACUGUCAAGAGCAUUUUAGCCAAAGGGAACCCUCACUUUGUGUGUGAUUCAAGGGUUCUUGUUAAGCCUUACAAGGAGAAAGGCAAAGUCCCUGACAAAUACAGAACUAACCAAACAACAGAGCUAGAAUUGUCCCCAACAGGGCUUGAUUCUAGCCCCAGGGAUGUUUUAGGAGGGAGAGGGUUCUAUAACAACGCCCAAGAUGUUAUGUGGAGGAGUAAAUUUGAAGAAGAGAUUCUUGAGCUUCAAAGCAGAAGGCUAAUGAAUAUGCAGCUUCUUGACGUCAAGAAUCAUUUCCAGCUCAAUUCUUCCUCUACACACAUUCAUUCUCCAAAUCCUUUUAGCCAGACACUUGUGUCUCCACGCCCGGGGGCGGUUAAAGCAGGAGGAGAGAUAGGGAAAGGAAGUUCCAAAGAAGGAUCUGAUGAUGAUACAAUAAAUCUACAAGAGAAGUUGGAGGAAUGCUUGCCAGAUAGUCCAUUUGCAUCUUCCACUAAUCAUUUGUUUCUGUUUGCUGAUUCUGUGGACAAUAAUGGAUCAGAUCUGUGGUCGCCUUCUUCUGAUAAUGAUGAUAAUUCAACUCCUUCUACACUCUCUGACUCCUUCAACUCUUUCAACUGCCAAAUGCCUAGGUCACCUGCAUUUGGGAUGUUACCCGGUAGGGGAGGACCAGCAUGUCGUGUUGGGAUAUAAACAGGAAGAGAGGUGAGAAAGAAAGAAAGAAAGAAACUGAGGUAAGUUAAAAACUAAUAAUAUAGACUCUUAAUAACAAAAGAUGCAGAGGUAUAAAAGUAAAGCAGGAACAUUUGAUGUAAGAGGUAGAGAAGUGAAGAGAAGAAAAAAAAGAUUGUUGUACCAUUUCUCUAGUUUUAAUGUGUAAUGUUGAUGGACCUCAGAAGAUGAUGUAAUAUGAUAUAACAUAAAUAUAUAGGACAAGAAGUGUAAUCUCUCUAAAGAUUUACAAAAGAAAGAGAUUACAAUA